GACUUUUAUGUUGAAAUUAUUGUGUGACGUCAAUUAAACAUGGCUGAACUAGACGUUGGAAAACAUUGUGAAAUUAAAUCUUGCAAACAAAAAGAUUUUCUACCGUUUGUUUGUAGCAGCUGUUCUGGAGUGUUUUGUUUGGAACACAGAAGUCGGGACUCCCACUCUUGUUCUUGUCCAGAGGUGCCGGUGAAGAGAGAGAUCUCUGUGUCUGAGGGAAGCACAUCAUAUCCAUGCAGCUUUGAGAACUGCAAAGGGAAAGAGCUGCUGCCUGUCAUCUGCCCACACUGUGAAAAACACUUCUGCCUCAUACAUCGGCAUCAGGAUGACCAUAAGUGUGAGAAGCUGGAGACCCCGAAGCCUCGCAUGGCUGCAACACAGGAGCUGGUGCAGAAGAUAGUGGAGUCAAAGAAGAAUGCACCACCAAGUAAGGGUAGAAAAGGAGCGAAAAACGCUGCAACUGCUGCAAAAGUUGCCCUGAUGAAGCUUAAAAUGCAUGCGUCAGGAGAUAAAGGCCUACCACAGACAGAACGGACAUAUUUCCAGGUGUUUCUACCCAAAGAGGCUAAAGACUCUAGUUUGCCCAUGUUCUUCUGCUCUAAAUGGAGUGUCGGCAAAGUAGUGGACUUUGCUGCAUCUCAGGCCAGUCUAAAGAACAACAACAAUGUGCUCACAGCUAAGAAACUGCGUUUGUGUCAUCCUGAGACGGGUGAAGCCUUUAAGAUGGACACUAGCCUCCAGUUGCUGCUUUCCCAGACAGACUGUCCCCUGCACAACGGAGGCAACGUCAUUCUGGAGUAUCUGGAUAACGAGAGCUUUGGACUAGAUGAUGUCACAGCCUAUAUUCCAUCCUCCUGAUAGAAAAUCACACAAUCAUUCAGAAGAGUUUUAUAGUAGUUUGAGGAAAGCAGGAAACAAAGGAUGUUAGAUUGGUAACCAGAGGAUUGUUGUAUCCUAGACUAGUCUGUCUGUUGUAAAUAUAUUCCACACAUGAUUUUCUGCUUAUGUCUAAUAAAUGUGUCGAUGACAUGA